UCAACCCAAACACCGUGCAAGCAUGUGGAGGGUGUAGAACGAGAUAGUAAGAAGGAAGACACCAUUUUCCACAGAGAGACAAAGCACGGGGACGACAGUUACAGACGGAUCCACGAUGUCAGGGGAGAGGGAAAUUGGAGAGUUGGAAGCAGUGGGACCGCUGUACCUCGGGUGCCAUCGCGGAAGGCCUUGGAGACAUGCUUGGGUGUCCAGCACAGGCCCUCAUGGCGGUCGUCCUCGUCAAGCCCCAACACCAGCCGCCCGAUGGCCAGUGGCGUCCUGUCGCAGCUGUACCACCAGGGCGUGGAGGUCGACGCGCUGGUGCGGGUCGAGGUGCGUGCGUUGCGUCACAGUAAAACCUUUGUUCGUCGACGGACACGGUGUCUCUGAUCCUUUUUUUCCCACACCGUACGCUGCAGACGGACAGGAUGCGCGCGGCGCUCCAGGAGGCUCGGCGGCGGCACGCGCGGGGUGUGGUCGCGGCCGUGGGCCGCGCGGCGGAGGCUCGGCUCCGCGCCGCGGAGGCAGAGCUGGAGCGCGCCUGCCGCCGCGGCGCGGAUCUGGAGGAGCGGCUCCGGCAGCUGGCCGGGGAGGGCCAGGCGUGGCUGGGCGUCGCCAGGAGCCACGAGGUCGUCGCCGCUGGCCUCCGCGCCACGCUCGACAAGGUGCUCCAGCAGCCCGCCGUCGCCGCCGCCGGCGGAGGAGAAUGCGGCGUGGCGGAGGACGCGCAGUCCUGCUGCUUCGUGGCAUCCCCGUCGGGGCUCGUCGCCGGCGACGCGGUGUCGACGGGUUCGUCGCCGUCGUGCAAGGCCUGCGGCAUCGUUUUGCUCAUCAUCAUCGCAUGCGGAAGCGACGGCCGCGAGGUGGGCCUGCUCGAGCGCUCCCAUGGCGGUAGAUGCACCCAUCUCAGAAACGAGAUUAGAUCUCGAUUGAUCCCUUGGCGACUUCGCGAGCCAGUCAGCAGCUUGGGGAGGAGAGAGAGAGUGCGUACA